AUGCGGCCCAAACGCCAACAGUCUUGGUUCCAAUUGGUUACAGAGGAAGUGGGGGCAUCCGUGAUCUAUGAUCCUAACUGCUUACCAGAGUUGAUACAGCCAACCGACGCACCACAUCGGCGCUAUCCGGCCUUGGUCACAUUCCUGGGCCGGGGCCGAAAGGAUAGGGCGUUGCGUUCCCUCUUCGCGGACAACCCAUCAAACCGUACCGAUGCCUUCGGCUUCAGCUUACGCGUAGACCAUCCCACACUAUACUCCGGACGCCCGAUUCUCCUUACAGAUGGAGACCCCAACCAAACACCACAACCACCAAACGUCAGUGGCCUGGCUGGCGUUGAAAAGAUUCCUAUUGCCUGGGCAUCGGACGGUGGGGCACAGAUAGUCGACACCAUACUGGCAAGAUUUCUGCUGCCAGCAUCCCAUGUAGUUUGCAUAUUUGCCGAGGAUAUCGGUGGGUUGAUGGGAGUGCAGGCCCUCCUACAGCGCUGGAUCGUUGUCGGGCCACAGGCGACGCAGCCGGCACUCCGUCCGCUCCUCCUCGUGGUCAUUCAGACGAAUGAAGUCAGCAGCUGGGAUGGGCCUCUUGGAAAUCCCCACCUCGCUGGAGUUCUCGGCCCGCCACGCGAAUCACCCGAAGUCUUCGCUGGAAUUCAUAUGCUGUAUGUGGCGCCAGCCUCCGCGCUCUCGGAUCAAGCCCGCUACCGGUCACUGAAAGAAGAACUGCUCAAAGCGCUGGAUGUAAUGGAGCGGGAUCGAAGGGAGAGUGGUCUACACUUUUCGGCAGCCCAUCUACCGGGGCUCUUGGAGAAAGCGAUACGACAUACCGCGCAGGCUCGUGACACGACGUUCAAUUUGAUUAAAACUGCGCGACCUCCGCCUCGUCCCUUGGAGUGGACGUCCCACAUCGGUCACUUUUUACGCCAAGGAAGCAAGGUGGCAGUAGAGGCCCAAGACGCCAUCAUAUCCUCCAGCUUAAUGUUGGAUGCCUUUCCGCCAAACAUGCACGGUAGAUGCCCGAGUGAUAAUGCAGGCUGGAUCCAUGCCACUAUCGUCAUACCCAUUAUCCCAGCUGGGUUCCAUCCAAUUGAUCUGUUCCGACACCACUACCGGCAGUCGUGUCUCGAUGCACUUCAGUCAGUGGUUGGCGGGGCGGCUGCCGUGCACCGAGUGCGAUCACUGGAGUCGCGGAUCGUGGACAGUCAUGCCGACAUGAUUAACCGGCGCGCGUCGGCCUUAGACCUUCACCAACUGCAGCAGGAGCAACAUCUGUUGGUGCUCCAGAGCCUCUUUAGUAGCCAGACGUGUCUAGGCUGUUUGCUCUGUAGUCCGCAACAUUCUCUUGCAUGUGGUCAUGCCCUCUGCGAUGCGUGCGUCGAGAGGUACGGUCGACCCCCUCCGCGGGCAGAAUCUACCUAUAUUCUUGAGGCUUGCCCUCUGUGUCGACAGCCCUGCCUGAUGUCUGUAGCCCUGCUGCCGCGGACUGCGGCGGUGCGAGCCCUCACUGUUGAUGGCGGCGGGAUCCGUGGGAUUGUUUCCCUUCAGAUUUUGCUGACACUCCAGAAUUUAUUGGGCCCGCAUUGUCCACUGCCCGACCUAAUCGACGUCGCAUUUGGAACUAGUGCAGGUGGAUAUAUUGUGUUAGAUAUCUUCGCUAUGCGAAAGACCGUUUACCAAUGCUUUGAGGCUUUCCAACGUCUUCUAUUUGGCUUCUUCAGUAGCCAGCAGCGCGGUUGUCGAUUGCUUUCAUGGCCACGUCAGAUCAUACGCGGUGUUACCAACCGUGGAUUGUAUGAUACAAACCGGGUUGAAUCACUUCUGCGAACCCACUACAGUUGCACAAGGCGACUAUUUGGCCCGGAUGUGCCGACGAGUACCAAGAUCGCGGUCACUACUACUACCCAGCAUGGCCCGGUGAUAUUGACCAAUUACAAACCCGCUGUCAACCGGCCAGAAACUGCGGGCUAUCAUGAAUUUCUUGCCCUCACUCCAAACGAGGAGCCACUCCUUUGGCAAUGUGCUCGCGCAACAUCGGCUGUUCCUGGCCUCUUUCGGCCAUUUGCUCUGCCGGCACUCGGCGACUGUUGGGAUGGUGGCCUGAGGCACAAUAUGCCUGCAGAACUCUUCCAACUCGAGUUACAACAUCUGUGGCCUUGGCAGCCACCACUUGGCUGUCUCCUAUCAAUUGGAACGGGAGUAAGAGAUCGUGUCCAUCUAGAACGGUCUGCUGCUACCCCACCUUCUAGUACUGCCACUCACGAGCACUUUCUCCGGCCGGUUUUAUCGAGCUUCAUGGACAGCAUGGACGGUGCGGCCGCUUGGCUCCGCUUCUGGAAUCAGGCGGAUUCCUCAGUCCGAGACGCAUCGACCCGGCUCGAUGUGCUACUUACAGGUCCUGAGCCUCUCCUGAAUGCUGCGCACCUAAUGGACGACCUAAUCCGCCAGACCAUCAAGCAGGGUGUGGGGGACUGCGGCCGGCAAAGCCUGAUACGUCUCCUAGCUCAAAGCUUGUUUUUCGAACUUGCAUCUGCCCCACAUGCUGAGAAUGAUGGGGCGUCCUAUAGAUGUACUGGUUCAAUCAGAUGCCGUGUUCCCGCUGAAACGUUUCUUGGUGCUCUCCGGCGCUUGGACAACUCCCGAAAGGAAUACGUCCUUAGCGGCCGACCCUUGGGUGUUAGUGUGACAGAAGGCACGAUUUGCCCACGGUGUAACCGCUACUGUGUACCAGUGCGCUUUUUAGUUUCAAGUGUAGAUGAUAAGAUUACACUCUCAAUCCGACUAGCAGACGGACAGCGGUACUCGAUCGGGGGAUUUCCCCACCCAGUGCGAUGGUUCAUGCACCGACAGGGGCUCACCCCCAUUUAUGGCUUUGCCGGCGACGGCGUGACUACUCGAGAUGACUGUCAGACUUGCACCAAGCGGAUCCUUCAACGUCAAGGUAUUCGCAUUACCCAGUUGCAGGCUCGUAGAAAGAUGCGUGUCGCUCAUGCAAUCCAACAUACUCCCAAGGAAUCCCUUGCUGGUGAUGAUGCCCGAUCUGUUAAAUGA